AUGUCGGGCUCCCUCAGCAACAACAGCAGCACCAGCACCUGCGGCACAUUAUUCUAUCCACACCCCUGCCCGCUCACACUUCCCAUCAACGGCCGUGGAAGCGAUUGCUAUAACCAAUAUUUCUUCGUCCCAGUAUGCAGCAUCACCACGACCUACGACAACUGGGACCCAUUGUCGGGUACGUAUACUGCAGGCGUUGUUGAUGGCGUACUCGGUCAGGAGAUCAAGCAAUCGGUCAGCUUUAGGGAGAUCGAUGAGAUGUACGUUCAGAACAGUACUGUUGCUGUGAUGAUGGGCGUCUCCUUAGCACUAGGAAUAACAACACUCAUCAACGUUCUUGUUCUGACACCUGCACGGAAGAGGUACAGCGGUAUCUUCUGGGUGUUGAUGCUGGGCUGUGUCGCGGUGAUUGUGCGUGGCGUAUGUGGUGUGCAGCUCGUCACGGGCGAUGUGAGCGGUUACCUGGAGCUCACGCAGGACUGGGCAAGUACGGGUUGGAGUACGGGGUAUCGAUCGCGCAUCAUCGUUGUGCAGGUGUCAAUUUGCGUAGGACUGAUCUUCCUAGAAGUGGCUUUGUUCAUUCAAGGGAAGGCUUUACUGACGUGGGUCAAGAUCAAACGGGGUCCUGCGACGUUUUAUAGCAUGUUGGCUUUCUUAGUGGGUUUGGCGGUGGCGGGUUGGUGCUAUAGGGUGACGUUCGCGGCGUACUCUGUUCGGUUUUUAGCGUUUCCUGAUGAAGGAUUGUGGUUGCCUGCGAUCGUUAAUGGUGCUUUGUGGAAGGCGUAUGAGCGUUGGAGUGCUGGAUUGGUGGGAGCAAGUUUGGGGUUAUGGUGUCUGCUUAUAAUGGCGAACAGUGUGAGCGUGGCUGUGGCUCGGAACGAAGUGCUGUACUCGACGGAAAGUCAGGAUCCGAGGGCGGGAGGUGCGAAGAGACUGAAACGGCGAAGGAUUCGGAACGCUUAUGAGCUGGCCUUGAGGACGAUUUCUUUCGUCAGCGUCCAGACUUUCGUGGUACCCAGUAAGUUCUGCCUAGGGACGACAAAAGUACUUCUGAAGAUGAGCGUGCAAAGGAUCAUGCUAACACGAUAUCGAACAGUUCUGCUCAUUAUCAUCAGCUACUUGCCAAGUACAACAAUUCCGCUGGAGGUCCUGAUACAGCCAGUGAUCUUUGCUCUACUUCCAUUCAGCUCGCUGCUUGUCAAUGUGGCUUCAGAGCCUGAUAAAGUAGCAGAGCAGGAAAGCAGGUCAGUUGGAACCACUGGGCAACUGAGCGGACAUGUCGGCUAUCAACCGUAUACCAAUGGUUUGAAUCCGGCAACUGUAAGGAACGAAGUGGCAGAGCUUGCUGAUUUGAGAAGUUCUCCCAUUCGUGGGAACGGGAUAUUCGACAGCAAGAUACAGAUAAAAGACGUAGGUACAGAUCGGGAGUUGGAGGAGAUUGACAGAAUGGGGUGA